GGAAAUAAAUGUUGACUCCCAUAGAUUUCGCUCUCUCCAAGUGGACUCUCUGCUUUUCCCAAUGAAUAUUAUUUGAUGCAAAGAGAAUUUAUGAGCCCUUUUAACUUUGCUUUAAAUGGAGAAAUCGAAGAAAACAUGGGGAGGUUGAUUGAAUUGAUGGGUACAAAAUGAUUUUCUCCUCUCUUAAGUACUCCCACCUUGAUUUCGUUGUUGGGUUUUCCAAUGGAGUUCUUGUUCCAAAACAUGCUUCGAGCUCUUGGCUUUUUCUGGGUUUUUGUCUCCAAAUUCACGGUUUAUGUGUUUGGAGCAAUCAUCAGAUUCAUGUCCAGAUUUCAGACUGAUGGAGAUUGUAAAGGGAAUGAAAUAGGUCCUCCUCCAAGGUUUAAUGGGUUUAAGGAAAAACAGAGAAUGGAAUACGAUGAGAAUGAAAAAAGAGAACGAGAGAAUGGUCUUGUGGCUACCAGUAGUAAGUAUGAGUUCCUGUAUACACUGGAUAUCAGGGAAUUCGUUGAAGAACCAAAAACAGAAAGCUUUACCCUGCAUGAGUUCUUCUUGGGUUCAAGUGAUCCGACGGAAUCUGCUGAAAUUCACCUCCCAAAACCUGAAUCGGGAACGGAUGAUGGCUUUGACGAGAAAAUAGGGGAUCCUGUUGACAGUUUUGUUCCAGGGAAAAGUUGGGAGAAACAAGAAAGUGAUGCAUGUGGUGUUUUAGAAGGAAAAACAGAGUACUCUGUUGAAGGGGAAGCAGGGGACUCUGUUGAGAGUUCUAUUGAAAAACAAGAAAUGGAAGCAAAUAUUCACGUCGACGAGAAAGAAGAGGACUCCAUUGAGAUUUCCAUCAUUGAAAAGAGACUAGAGAAACAAGAACCCAGAAUAGAAGCAGCAGAUGGUACAGAAUGGGAGAGAAUAGAGGCGUCUCUUCAGAGUUUAGAGAAACAAGAACAUGAUGAAAAAGAAGAAAGUGAUGCUUUAGAAGUGAAAACAGGGGACUCUGUUCAAACUUCUUCGAUUGAAAUGAAUUCAGAUGAUCAGGAAAAUUUCUGUCUGCAUGAAUCUAAUCUGAAUGCCGAGACCGAUAGCUCAAGAAUGAUUGAUUGCAAUUUAGAAUUUGGAGAUAGCGCAAAGGUCGAAAAUACAGAGGAAAUUCAUUCAUACAGUAGUGUUUCAGAGCAAACAGCAGAGUUGAAGUAUUCAUGUGUUGGACAGGAACAUGCAAGCAAUGAAUCAGUAGUUUGUUCUGAAAAAUUAUUUGAGUCAGAUUCCGAUGAAGAAGAUGAUGAUGAUAUGGAGUAUGAGGAGCUGAAAAUGCAACUGAGAAUGGCUAGAACUGGGGGACUUCCUACUAUUUCAGAAGAAUCCGAGUUCUCAAAGACGGUGGAAGAACUUCAUCCUCUCAAGAUUGACGACAAGUUGGAUCGCAAGGAUCACAUUGUAGAAAUUCAAAAGGUCUACAAGCGCUACUCAGACAAAAUGCGAAAAUUGGACAUCCUGAAUUCCCAGACCAAGCAUGCCAUCAGUUUGCUUCAGCUGAGUGAUCUGGUUCAUCUGAAUACAACUGGAAAACCUUCAGCUGCGCCGAUCAAGUCUGUGCUACGGAAGAAUAUAUGGCCAUUCAAACAACGGAAGCCUGAGAUUGAUCGAGCAGUGAAGUUGAUUAGGGACCUAGAAAUAGUUUAUGUUGGACAGAUGUGCCUUUCCUGGGAAAUACUCCGAUGGCAACAUGGAAAAGUACAACAGUUGCAGCAGUAUGAUACACAAGGAAGUUUUCGGUAUAAUCAUGUAGCUGGAGAAUAUCAACUUUUUCAAGUGCUAGUACAUAGAUAUUUAGAGAAUGAACCGUUUCAUGGCAGGCCUAGAGUUGAAAAAUAUGUGAAGAACCGAUGCCUUAUUCCAAAUUUUCUGCAGGUUCCUGUUAUUAAAGAUGAUCGUGCCGAAAAUGGGAAAGGAGUAGGACAAGUAGAAUUGGAUGAACAUGCAACAUCAAGUGCAUUGUUGAUAGAAAUAAUGGAGGAAUCAAUGCAGGUGUUCUGGGAAUUCCUUCGUGCAGACAAAGAUGAGACCAAUCUUAGCCUGAAGGCUCCUCCUCAGCAAAGACAAGUUGCUCCACAAGACCCUCUUGAUUUGGGGAUUUUGACGAAUGUUAGAACAAAUCUUCAGAAGAAGGAGAGAAGGCUUAAAGAAAUAAUGCGAAGUACAAACUGCAUAGUGAAGAGGCUGCAGAAGAAUCAAAGGACUGCAAUGGACCAUGCCCUGUUUAUCGUACAAGUGGAACUGAAACUGGUUUCAAGAGUUCUAAACAUGUCUAAGCUGACCACAGAUCAUUUAGUCUGGUGUCAUGAGAAGUUAGAAAAAAUAAAUUUUAGUAGUAGAAAAUUAGAGAUAAAGCCUUCUAUGUUGCUCUUCCCUUGUUGAGAUGAUGAUAUGCUCGCUUAGUUGUAAACAAAUUUCUGUACAAAUUUGGGGAAUAUUUUGGUAAAUAAAUGGUUUUGGUCCUC